AUGGCCGAACUUUCUGCCGAAGAGCGCAAGACCAAGAUCCUCGAGGAUCUUAAGACGCUGCGGCAGGCGGAUCUCGUGGAGCAGUCGGCCCUCGAGCUGAUCGUCUCGGAGGUCACCAACAAGGAUCCCAGCUGGGUGGAUCGACCUCUGGAGGAGUGGAAUGGCAUCAAGCUGGACGGUGUCGGUCGUGUUCAGAGCAUCGCCUUCCCUGAGAACCUCAAUGGCAAGAUCCAGCUGCAUGGACUCUUCUUUCUCGAGAACCUGAAGACCUUCACCCUUGAGGACCACAGUCUCUCUGGCUUCAUAACGUUCGAUCAUCUUCCUCGUGGCAUGGAGUACCUCGUGUGCAAAGGGAGCGCAUCUGCAAGUACGCACGGGGAGAUUACUUCACGCACUAUUGACUACCUGCCCAGCCCCCUUCGCACCUUGUGCUUAAGCAGGAAUGGACUCACGGGUAACCCACUGGACGAAAGUAUCAACUGGCGGCGAUUCUAUUUCCUGGAAAGUAUUGACCUAUCCCACAACAAGUUUGAUGGCAGUGCGACUCUUGAGAAGUUCAUGUCUCCUCUCGAGGAGCUGAACAUCGAGGGAAACCCGUACUCCGGUACUCUCCACUUGGGCGUGGUACUUCCCAACCUCAGGAAGCUGACUGUCCCAGAGCUCCAGUUCACUGCGGACUUCGACGAUGUGCAUACCAAGAAGAUGCAGGAGAUUGCAGUGAGACCCCCGACCACCACCGUCAUGGUCAAGGACAAGAAGACUGGCCAGGAAGUCAGCAUUGCUGACUACCUGUCGAAGUACUGCCAGCCGAAGAAGGAGGGCUGCCAAUGUGUCCUUCAGUGA